CUCUGUUGUUCUCCGUGAGUGAGGUUCGUCUCGCAGCAGUCUGGGAGUCUCUGGCUUUAAUAAAACGAUACAUAAUCGCAAAAUUCACAAUUAAAUAGAGUCGCCCAACAUAAUCGAUUACACACAAUUGUCUAUUAUUUGUAUACUAAUUUUGGAAGAGAAGCCCCCAACAUGAUUUUAGCAGAUAAUGCUAUGCGACUGGGUGUCGGCAUAUUAUUGCUUUGUGUGAUUUGCUUGGGACAGCAGCAAUUCCCGCCAUUAUCUGUGGGCAGCACUUUGGAAGCACUGACCCCGUCGGCUGCCUUUCAAUCCAACAAUUCUCCGAAUCAGGCCUUACUCUCAAAUUUCAAUCGAGAGACGCUGCGUUCAAUUGCAAAGGGUGCACAGGAAUUUGGACUCGAUUUACUAAGUCGUAUCUCCAUCGGCUUGGGGAAUAACAUGACUGAUUUUAUGAUAUCACCAUUCUCGGUGUGGUCACUGCUAAUACUGAUUUACGAGGGCGCCGCUGGCCAAACAUACCAGGAACUCCGCAAAGCGCUACGAAUCCGGGUCGAAGAUGCCGAAUUGCGAUCGGUUUACCGAGUGUGGAGUCAAUAUCUCAACACAAAAACUUCGACCAUUGAGGUGGCUGCGCUGCAAGCACUCUACACGGAUGUGGAAUACCCGGUAAAGAGCAGUUAUCGCGAUGUGGUCAAGGCCUAUCAAGUGGAGCCCAUGGAGGUGGAUUUUUAUAACCGUGAGACGGCACUCCUGAUCAAUACUGCCACAAAUCUCACAACACGUGGCCUCAUUCCGUAUGCGGUGCUGCCACAGGAGAUUUAUGGUGUUAAAAUAUUUAUGCUGUCCUCGCUGUUCUUCAAGGGUCAGUGGAAGUUUCCCUUUAAUGUGUCAGAAACACACCCGGAGCCGUUCUUCAAUGAGCGCGAUUCGCCGAUCUCCCAGGUGCAAAUGAUGACGCAAAUGGGAAAUUUUGCUUUUCUGACCAACCUCGAGGGCUUGGAUGGUUAUGUGCUGGAGCUGCCGUAUGGUGUUCAGAAUCGACUCUCGAUGAUUGUUGUGCUGCCCAAGCGAGGCUUCAAGCUCAAGGAUAUUGCCAAUAAUUUAAAUCGGUUGGGCUUGUCGCCUAUUUUGGAGCGCUUGGAGAAGUUUGCGAGCAAUGCCGACGUGGACAAUGAGGUGGAGGUAAUCAUGCCCAAGUUUACCACAACGACAGAUUUUAAUUUGGUGAAACUGCUCGAAUCGAUGGGCAUACGGGAUUUGUUCAAUAAGAACACUGCCAAUCUCAAUCGCCUUUCCAACGGCCUGUACGCCAACCUCUGCGUGCAUGCCACCAAGAUCAUUGUGAAUGAGCAGGGCACUACUGCAGCAGGGGUAACUGUCUCUUCGCUGAGCAACAAAUCGACGCCACCAAAGUUCCAUUUGAAUCGGCCAUUCAUGUAUAUGAUUGUAGAGAAGUCGACGGGUCUGCUGCUCUUCGCCGGUGAAGUGAAAAAUCCAAAGUCGUUUUAAGACUGAGAUUUAUUAAAUUUUAGAACUUAAAUAAACGAUAAAUGCGGCACGAGUCUCAUUUUUUCGCACGA